UAUUCAUUUGCUCGUUACGAUAAUACGAUUCACGACCACGACAACGAGUACGACGCGCACGACGGUGCGACGUUGCCGCGUCGCCAUGUUCCCGCCGCCAGAAAAAUUCGACAAGAAAUUAAUAAAACUCGUCCGAGAAAACCCCGUGCUGUAUGAUAAUAAUCAUGUCAAAUAUAUGGACUUUAAUUCACGGGAGGUUGCUUGGCAAAAGAUUGGUGACGAGCUGAAGCGGCCAGCUUCAGAUUGCAAAGACAGAUGGAUAAACAUAAGAGAUGUGUACAGGCGAAUACUACGACAGUUGACAAACAACAAAGGCAGCCGACGCAAGCAAUAUAAAUAUGAGAAAGAGAUGUCAUUCUUAAGGCCAUUCUACCGUGAUAUCGUUCAAAUAAGCGAAGAGGACUCAGAUAGAGGCAGUGAUCAAAUGAACGAUACAUGUGAAGGUCGCGAUAGCUGCGAUGACUCAGAUGAGCCAAUAAAGCCAAAGGUGGAAAAGACAACAGAGAGAAGGCGGAAGAAAAAGCGUGAAGUUAUUGAUAUGCAAGAACAGGAGUCUUCUUCAGUAUUCGCUGACACAUCAGGACCGGCUGAUUUCGAUUCAUCGGAUCCCGUAGAUGCAUUUUUACUCAGCAUUGGGGCGACUUUAAGAACGUUCUCUCCGUAUCAUCUCAAUGUAGCGAAGAGUAAAAUAUUUUCUAUCGUACAGGAGCAUGAUCUUCAGCAAAUUGUUCAAAAACAACGCAACGACACCCCCCACGGACAUGAUAUUAAGCUAUCGUCGUCGGAUAUAUUUAUGCAAUAGUUUUUGUUGAUUAUUUUUAGUGUACCUCAUUUAUUGAUAAGUUACAAUAAGUUUUCUUAUACAUUCGUGAAUGUGUGCAUUUAGAUGCGAAAAUAUUUGUUAUCUGUUUUAAGACCUACUGUAUAAA